UAUUCAGAGUCAAGUAACCAUGGCUUCUAUGUCACCUCUACUCGUCACCUCCACCACAAGUAUCAUCCCCACAACCUCCCUCUCCCCUUUCUCCCAAAAGUACCACCGAACUUCCUUAUUUCGAAACCCUAGGCAUUCCAAUUUACAAGCUGUCUCAUGCAAAGCCACAAAUAAUAGUAGUGACCAAAACAAAAACCCUUCCACUAGCUCCAACGAUCACGACAAUGAAAACCCUUCUCCAGUAAACCUAGACAGAAGAAAUGUACUCAUAGGUCUUGGAGGCCUGUAUGGUGGAGUGGCUGGUCUUGGCAGCGACCACUUCGCUUUUGCAAAGCCAGUGCCGCCGCCUGACAUAGACAAAUGCGGACCUGCGGACUUACCAAGUGGAGCACUCCCAACCAACUGCUGCCCGCCAACGUCCCAAAAAAUCGUAGACUUCAAAUUCCCCCCCCCUGCCAAACUCCGCGUCAGGCCGGCGGCUCAGUCCGUGGAUAAAGCCUACAUCGACAAAUACUCAAAAGCCAUCGAGCUCAUGAAAGCCCUCCCUGACGACGAUCCGCGUAGCUUCUCCCAGCAAGCCGAUGUCCACUGUGCCUAUUGCGACGGCGCGUACGAUGAAGUCGGCUUCCCCAACCUCGAGCUCCAAAUCCAUAAUUGCUGGCUUUUCUUCCCCUUCCAUCGUUACUACCUAUACUUCUACGAAAGAAUCUUGGGCAAACUCAUAGGCGAUCCGACGUUCGCGUUGCCGUUUUGGAACUAUGACGCGCCAGCUGGCAUGCAAAUCCCUGCCUUGUACACUAACCCGGACUCUCCGCUUUACGACAAGUUCCGCGCUGCCAGCCAUCAGCCGCCGACUCUCAUCGAUCUUGACUUCAACGGCACGGAUGAAACAAUUUCCAACGAUGCUCGAAUCGACGCCAACCUCAAACUCAUGUAUAGGCAGAUGAUUUCCAACGCCAAGAAACAGCUGUUGUUCUUUGGUGCGCCCUUGAGGGCUGGCACUGAACCAGAUCCAGGGCAGGGUUCAAUCGAAACGGCCCCACAUGGUCCGGUUCAUUUAUGGACCGGAGAUAACACGCAACCUAAUAUUGAAGACAUGGGGAAUUUUUACUCCGCUGGAAGGGAUCCAAUAUUUUUUGCGCACCAUUCGAAUGUGGAUCGAAUGUGGAAUAUUUGGAAAAGUUUAGGGACUAAAAAUAAAGAUAUUAACGAUCCGGAUUGGUUGGAUUCGGGGUUCUUGUUUUAUGACGAGAAUGCUGAGCUUGUUAGGGUCAGGGUGAGGGACUGUCUUGAUAAUAAAAAGCUAGGGUAUACGUAUGAAGAUGUUGAGAUUCCAUGGCUCAAGACUAGACCGACGCCACGUCGGACAAAGGCGGCUGGAGUGGCGAAGGCCGCUGAGACGACGUCAUUAGGGAAGCUGGUGGCGAGUAAAGAUUUUCCAGUAAGUUUGGAGACGAAGAUAAGUACGGUGGUGCCAAGGCCGAAGCAGAAGAAGAGGAGCAAGAAGGAGAAGGAGGAUGAGGAGGAGAUAUUGGUGAUUGAUGGGAUUGAGUUUGACAAAGAUGUGGCUGUGAAGUUUGAUGUGUGCGUGAAUGACGUGGACGAUGAUGAGGCACCGAGUGGACCCAUCCAUAGCGAGUUUGCUGGGAGUUUUGUGAGUGUGCCACAUAAGCACAAGGAAAAUAAGAGGAGCAAGGGUUGUUUAAGGUUGGGGUUAACGGACUUGUUGGAGGAUUUGGGUGCUGAAGAUGAUGAGAGUGUGGUGGUGACUUUAGUGCCCAGGUUCGGCACUCAGGCUGUUAAGAUCGGUAGCAUCAAGAUUGAGUUUCUUGCUUGAACAUAUUGUGCUGAAACCCUUCUAGUUUCUAGUUAACUAGCCUCUCUGCACGUGCUUACACACGUGCGGAAGAUCCUUUUAUAAUUAUGGCAUUCUAUGUGCGAUUUGUACAAUUUAAAUGUAUUUAUUUAUGUGGAUUUGAAAAGUGAAUUAAACAUUAAAAGAAUGAAUGUAACCUUAUUAUAUA